UUUGUUGUUACGCGCUAUUAAGGAUAUGGAGCGCAAGCUACUUAAAGAUAUUCGCAACUGUACUGGAGUCGAGCAAUUUGAUUUAAGUGGUUUUACUGAGGAAAAAGUGAACCAACUGAUAAAUGAUUGUUUUUCUACCCCUAUUGAAAAUUGCGGUUGUUGCGUCACUUUUGUUGUAGGAGGCGGAAAGCUAACAAGAGCCAGGUAUGACCCAAAACUUCAAAAGUAUGUUACUGCUGCCUUAACAAAUGUGGGGUACUCUGAGGAUAGGGGGGCCUCAAAAGAAACACCAGGAACUUUUAAGUUUCAGCAUGAUAUAGCUAAAAAUCUUUUGUUUAUACACGUCUUUCCAUAUGGAAAGGAGAAGGAAUCGAAUUGUAAUUUAAGUAAACUUGACAAUGUAAGUUCUGCAAGUAAUAUGCCAGACGACAAAUCGUUAAUUCUUCAGUUGACUUUGGAAGAAUUUAAACGUUUUGCAAGUAAAAAAGCAAGAAGUUAUACCGCUAAGCAGCGCUGCCUUGAGCAUCUGAAGGAAACCUCAAGUGUUUGCAAAAGAGUUGAAGAGAAGCUUGUUAAGCGCGAGAGAAUAAAGGAAGAAGAGCAAAACCUUUAUGACGUCUGUAGGGAAGUGGAAGAAAAAAUUAAGUUUCUGCAAGCGCAACUUCAACGUCAUGUUGAAGGGCUUCUUGGCGAAGACGUCCUACCACUUACUAAAGCAGAGAAGUCCCAUUGCCUUGAGAAGAUAAAAGCCAAAUUGUUUAAACUUCAAGAACAACUCUCGAAAACUUGCAAUCUCAAAGAACAAAAAAAACUGAACUCCGCCAUUGAGCAAGCGAAUACUCUUAUUGAAAAACUAAAACUUGCCGAAGUUACUUCGGUAACACCUUUAUUGUUCCAGGACAAGCUUAUACCACUUUAUAAGGCUCUUUUCGAAUUGCUAAACAUAAAAAGCAAAACUGUACAGACUAUUGAAGAGAUGCGUAAAGUGACUACCGAGUUGCCGGUUUUGGAAGAAAAAUGUGAAGUGCUCUUGAAUUUAUCUCGGGAGGCCUUCGAAAAGGACGAUGAGCUUCGCUUGCGUGCAAAUGCGCUAAAAAAGCAGGCGAAAAAAUCAGAGACCAUAAGAAAGUUAGAAAGACAAUCAGCAAACUCUAGUUCGCGCAGGAGCUCCUCACAAAGAGCAAGCAAACCCAAUGCUUUUCGCUAAAAUUAUUAAAUUACAAGUCA